GCCUCCCGAAAUUUGUCUCCAUAUCCUCUGACUGCUGAAGCUCUGCCCAUCGCAAGCAUCAAAAGUCGCGCCGAAGUCCCUCAGACUUCGCAACAAGAAUAACAUCAAUUUUUUGAAGAUUUAGAGCAGCUACGAAAGUAGCUCCUCAAAAACAUCAGCCAAGAUGUCGAACAAACAGGGCAAGAUGGCUGGUUACAUCAACUACCGUAUGAGGGUUACCUUGAACGAUGGCCGCCAGAUGACGGGACAGAUGCUUGCAUUUGACAAGCACAUGAACCUCGUCCUCGCCGAUACCGAAGAGUUCCGACGCGUCAAGAUCAGACAGAACAAGCCUGCCGCCCCUGGCGCUAGCUCCAGCUCAGGCCAAACAAUCGAGAAGGAGGAGAAGCGAACCCUUGGCUUGACGAUUGUCCGCGGCGCACACAUCGUCUCUCUCUCAGUCGAAUCAGAGCCUCCCGCGGACCCCAGCGUGCGACUUGGAAAGAGUGCGCCUGGCGGAAUCUCGGCUGGUCUCACCGCUGGUCCUGGUGUUGCGCGACCCGCCGGCCGCGGCGCUGCCCCGGCUCCCCCAUCACUGGCCGGUCCUGCUGCCGGCGUUGGAGGUGGUGCUCCUCCCGGAUUCCCUGGCUUCCCCGGUGCCCCGCCCUUCGGCGGUCGUGGUGCUCCUCCCCCAGGCUUCCCCGGCGCCUUCCCGCCCCCGGGCUUCCCUCAAAACGCCCCCUUCCCUCCUCCUGGGUUCAACCCCGGCCCUCCUGGCGGAGCCCCGGGCUUCAACCCUCCCCCGCGAAGAUAGGUUACGGAUAAAGAUAUCGAUACCUCGCAUGCUUUGUAGUUGGAGGAUGGUUCACGGAUACCAUUGGCGUUUGGGGAUGAAUGUCAAGAUUACGAACAAAAAGAAAUCGGGCAGAACAGGCACGUUGUUAAUCGGCCUCCUCUACCCCUGAACAAGUCAUAGGUCAACAUGCCAACCUAUACUCGUUGGAUUUGUGGAAAGAAAUGGCAGCAUGGACUCAUUCGACAGUUCUUCAAGUCACUUCGAGGAGGAGCAUAAGCGGCGAUUGCUUCCAUAUGAUUAGGCAGCACAAUAUUCACCACAACGUACCACCUCAUUGCCA